AUGCUGCUGCGGAUGCUGCUGCCCCUCUGGUCGGCGCAGAAACAAACAAUCAAAACACUACGACGAACCAACCCCCUACAACCAACCUCCUCCCCAACCAAACCCUCAUACCGCAUACCAACCAUCCCCCGCACCCCCGUCUACCGCGGCGCCGUCCAAACAGCAACCUUCGAUACCCCCAAAUCCGCCGGCGCAAAAAUCGACGAAGAUGCCCUCCCGGCAAUGCCCACCUGGGCCGCCGCCGUCGAUAAGCAUGUCGAGGACCCGGCUCACCACGACGACGUCGAGAUGGAACCCUUGAACCCGCACAACCAUCCGGAUAGAAAACAGGGUGCCUCGCCAUUACACGGCGCAACCUCUUUCUCGGAUUACCCGCCAGACAGGACGGGCUCCGCCGCGGGAUACAGAGGCUUCACACCCACAGAUCCCUACGCCCGCCGCUCCCCAGGUCCAGCCGCUGCCCUCGCCGCAGCACAAGACCCCUACGGCCGCCGUUCACCAGGCGUAGCCACCCCCACCCACGCCGCGGAUCCCUACGCGCGUCGCUCCCCAGGACCCCAGGCAAUGAUGGACCCCUACGCCCGCCGCUCCCCAGGUCCAGCAACCGCCUACGGCGCCGCACAAGACCCCUACGCCCGCCGCUCACCAGGCCUGACAUCCCCCGUCGGCGCGCCCACCUAUAACCAGCAAGCCUACGACCACUCCCAACAACAGCCAUACGACGAAUACCACAACGGCAACGGCUACCACGCCGUCACCUCGCCUUCAUCAGGAGCAUCCUACCAACCGCACACAGCGUACUCGCCCUCCGCGGAGCGCGCGCACGCGCCUCAACCCGGUAUGGGUUUCCAGCGCCAGCCCUCGUUCGGGUCCAGUCAGUACCCGCCAACGUAUACGUCGCACCCUGCGUCUCCGCCACCGCCGUUCCAGUCUGCGGCGCCGUCCCAGUAUGGCGGACAUGAGUAUGGGGCUGCGGUUAGUGGGGAGUCGGGGAGGGAUCGGCCGCCGAGUUUGUUGCAGAGUGGGAGGAGGCCUGCGCCGGGCACGUAUAGGGAUGUUUGA